UUUCCCCAGUCAGGGAAGGGGAUUGCCUUGUGAACAGCCAAAAGUUAGUACAACUGAAAUGUGGCAGUUUAUCCCAGGACAUUUCCUGGAACACUAGCUCCUGCAAAUAGGUUACUCUCAAAACUAAGCUCCUAACUCUGAUCUCAGGUUCACUCAUCUACUGACUCAGGGUCGCCUCUGCAGGGUGGAGGAGGGUGCAGGCAUAGCCCGGCGAGAGGCUCCGUGCGCUCUCGGGAUAGUGCCUGCAUUUCCAGCGUCUGGGGGCCGUGAACCGCGCAGGUCCCGGGCAGAGAGCGUCAGGCGGCGAGGAGUGCGCAAGCCGGCUGCGUUGGUCUCCAGCUCGCGCUGCUCCCGCCCUGGCCGCCACCGCGGGGAGGGUGAGGAAGAGGAGGAGCCUGAGGCGGCCGCUGCGCCCGGGUGCGCGGGGAGUCCUUUAAAAGCCGCCGGCGGUGACAGCUCCGCGGUCCGCCUGGCCCCAGUACCCCGAGUCCUUGCGCUGCCGGCUGGCCACCCACCCCGCUGCGGCCGAGUCCUCGCUGGGUAGGCUUGUGCUCUGGCGGCCGGACGCUCCAUGCGGCCGCCCAGCAUGUCCGGGCACUUUCUGCUCGCGCCCAUCCCUGAGUCCUCCUCCGACUACCUCCUGCCCCGGGACAUCAAACUGGCCGUGCUGGGCGCCGGCCGCGUGGGCAAGAGCGCAAUGAUUGUGCGCUUCCUGACCAAGAGAUUCAUUGGCGAUUAUGAACCGAAUACAGGCAAGCUGUACUCACGGCUUGUGUGUGUCGAGGGAGACCAGUUGUCUCUGCAGAUCCAGGACACCCCCGGGGGGAUCCAGGUCCAAGACAACCUCAUGCAGGUGGUGGACUCCCUGUCCAAAUGCGUGCAGUGGGCAGAGGGCUUUCUGCUGGUCUAUUCCAUCACAGACUACGACAGCUACCAGUCGAUCCGCCCCCUUUACCAGCACAUCCGGAAGGUCCACCCUGACUCAAAGGCCCCUAUCAUCAUCGUGGGCAACAAGGGGGACCUUCUGCAUGCCCGGCAGGUGCAGACCGAUGAUGGUGUUCAGCUAGCCAACGAGCUGGGCAGCCUGUUCCUUGAAAUCUCCACCAGUGAAAACUAUGAAGAUGUCUGUGAUGUGUUUCAGCAUCUCUGCAAAGAAGUGAGCAAGCUGCACGGCCUCAGUGGGGAGAGGAGACGGCCCUCCAUCAUUCCUCGGCCACGCUCUCCCAACAUGCAAGACCUGAAGAGGCGCUUCAAGCAGGCUCUGUCUCCCAAAGUUAAAGCCCCCUCCUCACUGGGGUAAACUCACCUCAGACAGACUGCCUCCAUUUUAUUGUGCAUUUGUGCAGCUGAAAAGACUGGGGCGGGGGGCGGGGAGGUCUCCUUUAUAAUCACACGUUCAGAGUUUAUUUUUAUACAAACUAUUGGUUUGCAAUUGUAUGUGUAUUUCUGAAAAUUCAGUGAUUGCCUAGAAGUUGAAGAGUUGUUUUUUUAAAUAAAACUUUUUUUUUUACUGUAACUGCUAGCCACCUUUCCAUUAAAGGCAAAAUGGCAACA